GCUCGCCCGUCCACCCGUCCGUCGGCUGGCGCGCGCGCGCGCGCGUUAACGGAAUUCGCGAUUGAGCACGCAGGGACCACCGACUAAUGUUUAAAUGGACGCAUCGUCCAUUAUCACCCAAGUAUCGCGGGAUGACGAGCUAGGCGCGUUCAACAGCGAGAAAGCCCAGUUACCUCGAGAAAAUGAAGCAGCCAAUAAUAGUUCAUCGAGUGGCAAGAAGCCGAGGGGACGCGGGCUCUUGCGCACACUGCUCUGCUGCUUUGGAAGAGGUCGCGGUGGCAGCUCAAAGAGCUCCAAGGCGAGUUCUCUACAGGGUGAUGGCCGUGGCUCGCCACCACCUGGCACCGGAUCCCCAAGGUUCCUCCUACCGCCGGUCAGGCAUCAAGACAUGCACAAGAAGUGCAUGGUAAUUGAUUUGGACGAGACUCUGGUGCAUAGUUCUUUCAAACCAAUCAACAAUGCGGACUUUGUUGUUCCUGUAGAGAUUGAUGGAACAGUACAUCAAGUGUACGUCUUAAAGAGGCCUUAUGUGGAUGAGUUUUUGCAGAGAAUGGGUGAACUAUACGAAUGUGUAUUGUUCACUGCAAGCUUGGCUAAGUAUGCAGACCCAGUGGCAGAUCUAUUAGAUCGAUGGGGUGUAUUCAGAGCAAGAUUAUUCAGAGAAUCCUGUGUGUUCCAUAGAGGGAAUUAUGUUAAGGAUUUGAACAAAUUAGGUCGGGAUUUGCAGCAGAUCAUUAUUGUAGAUAAUAGUCCUGCCAGUUACAUUUUCCAUCCAGAUAACGCGGUUCCAGUGGCAUCCUGGUUCGAUGACAUGACGGAUUCCGAGCUACUGGAUCUAAUCCCAUUUUUUGAAAAACUCAGCAACGUAGAGAAUAUCUAUACUGUGCUGUGUAAUAGCAAUCAUCCUUAUAAUCAGAUACCCGCACAGGCGGUGCAGAGCAAUCAGAGCCCGCCGGGUUCAGGUUCGCUAGCUGCUUCCUAGCCCCACCUGAAUCCUGGCAACGCAGCCAGUCUUGUCGCUCAAUGCACCUUCCGGAGGAUCCUGAGGGGGCUGCUCCAUAUGACCCACUCGCUAUGUGGCGAAGGACCUCGAAGUACUCCCCCUCGUUGAUCUUUGGAAGAACUGCUCCGAUCAGUGGAGCCAAAUGUCUUAUACCUUAAAAGCGCGUCACUCUAAGUCGACAUACAGUCAUAGCUGCUGGUAUCCUUCUUCCUGAUGAGCAACGCAACGAAGACUGAGUCAGCUUCGAAGCGCGAGUGUUCUUCCAUUUUGCACCAAGCGUCAAAAAUGACGAACUGUAUCGACCCUGUCCGCGUGGGCAGACUGAAAAUAUGCCUGUACUCGAGAAAAGAACCUAGCGAAGGAUGGAACCAGGAAUCUCUGUCAAGCAGAAACUGUUUACAAGAAAGUUGAUCGAUUGCGAAAAAAAGAGAGCGAUGAUGGGGAUGACAAACGAUAGUGAUUAUAUAUUAAAAAGAUGUGAGGAUAUAGGAAAUAGAGAGAAACUAUGAAGAGAGGAAAAGAAAAGAGAUCGCUCCGAGUCGUUUGAUGGGCCAUGCUGUUGCCGUUUAGUUUUUCUAUUUGAGCUAAAACAUUGCGAGCUUUGUUCAUUUAGAAUCGAUUACAGAGAAGACAUCGAUGCUCUGACUACGUUUGUGAAUGCUUCUGAUCCAUCUUACAGGAUGCGUUGAAAAAAAGGAGGGUAACAGUAGCAGGUAGAAUUUGAAAUGUAUAUUUUACUUAUGUUAAAAAUUUAACAUGGGAAAAUUUUAUUUUAACUAUUAUUUUAGUUAUUUAAAAUAAUAUUGUAGAAAAAAUUUGAGAUGCUUUAGAGUUUAGUACCAAAGCGUCAUAGGUUUUAAAAUGCAUAGGUACAAAGAUUGAGAUAAAUGUCUCAAGGAUCAUAGAUGCUAAUAUAUAUAAAUAUCUAAAAAACCGAAAGAAUUUGAAAUUUUAAAUAUAAUAAAAAAUUUCUAAAAUUUUGAAGAGAUACUACAAAUAGAAGUCAUAGAAGUCUAGAAAUCUGUUCUUAAAAAAUUUUUGCUUCAUGAUCUUGUUCUAAUUGUACGAGAAGUUUUGAAACAUGCAAGUUUGAUCUCAAUAAAGUCCAAAAAA